AUGCAGGAUAAAACAAUAAGUGUUAAGGGCCAAUGUAAAAGGCCGCGUUACCCACCCUAUUCACCAAUUGUAAAGGAUUACCGGCCCUACACCGGGCGGCAGCUCACCCAACGUCCAUCCAUCACUGAAAAUUUCGAGCAGAACAUACACCGAGAUUGCUGGAAUCUAUACUACCGCAAUAACACUUUCAACGGAUUUAAGGAUAGAAACUACAUUCUUCGAGAGUUUGUAGAGCUGCGCGAAGCGAUUAUGGCAUCCAAUAGUUCUGAUCAAGCUAUAAUAAAUAAAAAUAGUAAACUUCAUUCCUGUACUGGUGAGAGUAGGAGCGUGCAUAACCCCAAGCCCUUUUCCUGGUUGGAAGCAGGAUGUGGGGUAGGAAAUGCCAUGCUUCCCAUAUUCAAAGAAUUUGGCCAUUUAGCGCAUUGGCGCCUACUCUUGGGAUUCGACAUUUCCAAAGUUGCCAUCAACCUUUUGAAGGAUAAAAAAGUGUCCCUACCAUUGCCUUUACAGGAAAAACUUCAUGUCUGUGUAUUAAACCCGUGUGAGGAACGUCUGUCAGGGUGUCUUUUCCCGACCCCUUUGGGUGAUGCGGGGACCUUCUCAUCGAUUGGCUCUUCAAGUUCCCUAUACAAUCCUACUGUGGAAUUCGUUUCGAUGAUAUUUGUCCUGAGCUCCAUACCGGUGCCUCUCCACGCCAGUGUUCUAAAACGUAUCGCGGAGUGUAUGGUCCGUCCAGGUGGUAUUUUUUUCUUUCGCGAUUACGCCCGUUCCGACCUCGCCGAAAAGCGUUUUCGAUCUCGCAAGCAAGGGGUUAGCGACACCGAGACCGAAAGGAGAAAUGAUGUUGAUGGGAACUUGGGCGGAAAAAACGAAUCUAGCAUCUUUGCACGAACUAACGGCACUCUAAGUUAUUUCUUUUCCAAGGAGGAACUUGAAAAGUUGUUCACGUCGGUUGGAUUUAGCGUUAUUGAGAUACGCGAGGUGAACCGUGAAGUGGAGAAUCGUAAAGCGGCGCUGUGUAUGUCACGUAAAUUUAUCCAAGGACGAUUUCGUCUUGAAAAGGUAGACAUUUGA